GGGGGUUGGGGGAGGGGCGUCAAGAUGGCGGCGGGGAGGUAGGCAGAGUCGGACGCCGCUGCUGCCGCCGCCGCCGCCGCCACCGCCGCCUCCGCUCCAGUCGCCUCUGCUUCUUCAAACUCGCACCUCCCGGGAGGAGCUGUCCUGGCGCCGGGUUCCGCGGGGAAAAUGGUGGAACCAGGGCAAGAUUUACUGCUUGCUGCUUUGAGUGAGAGUGGAAUUAGUCCGAAUGACCUCUUUGAUAUUGAUGGUGGAGAUGCAGGGCUCGCAACUCCAACGCCAACCCCUUCAGUUCAGCAGUCAGUGCCACUUAGUGCAUUAGAACUAGGUUUGGAAACCGAAGCAGCAGUUCCUGUAAAACAAGAACCAGAGACUGUACCUACUCCAGCACUGUUAAAUGUGAGGCAGCAGCCUCCAUCUACUACAACAUUUGUGCUGAAUCAAAUAAAUCAGCUUCCACCCUUGGCAUCUACAAUUGUAAUGACUAAAACACCACCUGUAACAACCAACAGGCAAACCAUCACUUUAACUAAGUUUAUCCAGACUACUGCAAGCACACGCCCUUCAGUCUCAGCACCAGCAGUACGAAAUGCCAUGACCUCUGCACCUUCAAAAGACCAGGUUCAACUGAAGGAUCUACUAAAACAUAAUAGUCUUAAUGAACUCAUGAAACUAAAGCCACCUGCUAAUAUUGCUCAGCCAGUAGCAACAGCAGCUACUGAUGUAAGCAAUGGUACAGUAAAGAAAGAGUCUUCUAAUAAAGAUGUAGCAAGAAUGUGGAUAAACGACAUGAAAAUGAGGAGUUUUUCCCCAACUAUGAAGAUCCCUGUUCUAAAAGAAGAUGAUGAACCAGAGGAAGAAGACGAAGAAGAAAUGGGUCAUGCAGAAACCUAUGCAGAGUACAUGCCAAUAAAAUUAAAAAUUGGCCUACGUCACCCAGAUGCUGUAGUGGAAACUAGUUCUUUAUCCAGUGUUACUCCUCCUGAUGUUUGGUACAAAACAUCGAUUUCUGAGGAAACCAUUGAUAAUGGCUGGUUAUCAGCAUUACAGCUUGAGGCAAUUACAUAUGCAGCCCAGCAACAUGAAACUUUUCUACCUAAUGGAGAUCGUGCUGGCUUCUUAAUAGGUGAUGGUGCUGGUGUAGGAAAAGGUAGAACCAUAGCAGGAAUCAUCUAUGAAAAUUAUUUGUUGAGUAGAAAACGAGCAUUGUGGUUUAGUGUUUCAAAUGACUUAAAAUAUGAUGCUGAAAGAGAUUUAAGGGAUAUUGGAGCAAAAAACAUUUUGGUUCAUUCAUUAAAUAAGUUUAAAUAUGGAAAAAUUUCUUCCAAACAUAAUGGGAGUGUGAAAAAAGGUGUUAUUUUUGCUACAUACUCUUCACUAAUUGGUGAAAGCCAGUCUGGCGGCAAGUAUAAAACUAGGUUAAAACAACUUCUACAUUGGUGCGGUGAUGACUUCGAUGGAGUGAUAGUGUUUGAUGAGUGUCAUAAAGCAAAAAACUUAUGUCCCGUUGGUUCUUCAAAGCCAACCAAGACAGGCUUAGCUGUCUUAGAACUUCAGAACAAAUUGCCAAAAGCCAGAGUUGUUUAUGCUAGUGCAACUGGUGCUUCUGAACCACGCAACAUGGCCUAUAUGAACCGCCUUGGCAUAUGGGGUGAGGGUACUCCAUUUAGAGAAUUCAGUGAUUUUAUUCAAGCAGUAGAACGGAGAGGAGUUGGUGCCAUGGAAAUAGUUGCUAUGGAUAUGAAGCUUAGAGGAAUGUACAUUGCUCGACAGCUGAGCUUUACUGGAGUGACCUUCAAAAUUGAAGAAGUUCUUCUUUCUCAGAGCUAUGUUAAAAUGUAUAACAAAGCAGUCAAGCUGUGGGUCAUUGCCAGAGAGCGGUUUCAGCAAGCUGCAGAUCUGAUUGAUGCUGAACAACGAAUGAAGAAGUCCAUGUGGGGUCAGUUCUGGUCUGCUCAUCAGAGGUUUUUCAAAUACUUAUGUAUAGCAUCCAAAGUUAAAAGGGUUGUGCAACUAGCUCGAGAGGAAAUCAAGAAUGGAAAAUGUGUUGUAAUUGGUCUGCAGUCUACAGGAGAAGCUAGAACAUUAGAAGCUUUGGAAGAGGGCGGGGGAGAAUUGAAUGAUUUUGUUUCAACUGCCAAAGGUGUGUUGCAGUCACUCAUCGAAAAACAUUUUCCUGCUCCAGACAGGAAAAAACUUUAUAGUUUGCUAGGAAUCGAUUUGACAGCUCCAAGUAACAACAGUUCACCAAGAGAUAGUCCUUGUAAAGAAAAUAAAGUAAAGAAGCGGAAAGGUGAAGAAAUAACUCGAGAAGCCAAAAAAGCACGAAAAGUAGGUGGACUUACCGGUAGCAGUUCUGAUGACAGUGGAAGUGAAUCUGACGCCUCUGAUAAUGAAGAAAGUGACUAUGACAGCUCUAAAAACAUGAGUUCUGGAGAUGAUGAUGAUUUCAACCCAUUUAGAGAUGAGUCUAGUGAGGAUGAUGAAAAUGAUCCCUGGUUAAUCAGGAAAGAUCACAAGAAAAACAAAGAGAAGAAAAAGAAGAAAAGUAUAGAUCCAGAUUCUAUUCAAAGUGCCUUAUUAGCAUCAGGUCUUGGAUCAAAACGACCCAGUUUUUCAUCUACACCAGUUAUCUCACCUGCUUCUAACAGUACACCAGCUAACAGUAACACCAACAGUAACAGCAGCCUUAUAACAAGUCAGGAUGCCGUGGAAAGGGCUCAGCAGAUGAAGAAAGACCUGCUUGAAAAACUAGAAAAAUUAGCUGAAGACCUCCCGCCUAAUACCCUGGAUGAACUUAUCGAUGAACUUGGUGGCCCUGAGAAUGUUGCCGAGAUGACUGGCCGCAAGGGACGGGUUGUGAGCAAUGAUGAUGGAAGCAUAUCUUAUGAAUCAAGAUCUGAACUUGAUGUGCCUGUGGAAAUACUAAACAUCACAGAAAAACAGCGAUUUAUGGAUGGAGAUAAGAAUAUUGCUAUCAUCUCAGAAGCUGCCAGCUCGGGUAUUUCAUUACAAGCAGACAGGAGAGCUAAAAAUCAAAGGCGAAGAGUUCAUAUGACUUUAGAAUUACCUUGGAGUGCUGAUAGAGCAAUUCAACAAUUCGGACGAACUCAUAGAUCAAACCAAGUUACUGCUCCCGAGUAUGUCUUCCUGAUUUCUGAACUGGCAGGAGAACAAAGAUUUGCAUCUAUUGUUGCUAAAAGACUUGAGAGUUUGGGGGCACUUACACAUGGCGACAGAAGAGCAACAGAAUCUAGGGAUCUGAGCAGGUUCAACUUUGACAAUAAGUAUGGAAGAAAUGCUUUAGAAAUUGUCAUGAAAUCCAUUGUGAACUUGGAUUCCCCUAUGGUAUCACCACCUCCAGACUAUCCUGGAGAAUUUUUUAAAGAUGUUCGACAAGGACUGAUAGGAGUUGGUCUGAUAAAUGUAGAAGAUCGCUCAGGAAUUCUUACUCUUGAUAAAGAUUAUAACAACAUAGGAAAAUUCUUAAAUAGAAUUUUAGGCAUGGAGGUACAUCAGCAGAAUUCAUUAUUUCAGUAUUUUGCGGACACGCUUACUGCAGUUGUCCAAAAUGCAAAAAAAAAUGGAAGAUAUGAUAUGGGAAUCUUAGAUCUUGGUUCUGGAGAUGAAAAGGUGAGGAAAAGUGAUGUUAAAAAGUUUCUGACUCCAGGAUAUUCAACCUCUGGCCACGUAGAAUUAUACACAAUAAGUGUAGAGAGGGGAAUGUCAUGGGAAGAAGCUACUAAGAUUUGGGCCGAACUGACAGGACCAGACGAUGGCUUUUACUUGUCAUUGCAAAUAAGAAACAACAAGAAAACUGCCAUCUUAGUUAAAGAAGUGAAUCCUAAAAAGAAACUUUUCUUAGUUUAUCGACCAAAUACUGGGAAACAGCUCAAAUUAGAAAUUUAUGCUGAUCUAAAAAAGAAAUACAAGAAGGUUGUCUCAGAUGAUGCCCUGAUGCACUGGUUAGAUCAGUAUAAUUCAUCUGCAGAUACUUGCACUCAUGCUUAUUGGCGUGGCAAUUGCAAAAAAGCAAGCUUGGGGUUAGUUUGUGAAAUAGGUCUUCGUUGCCGUACAUAUUAUGUAUUAUGUGGUUCAGUGCUGAGUGUCUGGACAAAAGUUGAGGGUGUUCUAGCAUCUGUCAGUGGCACAAACGUGAAAAUGCAGAUCGUCCGGCUAAGAACGGAAGAUGGGCAACGGAUAGUAGGUUUGAUCAUUCCGGCAAAUUGUGUGUCUCCUCUUGUAAAUCUCCUGUCAACUUCUGACCAGUCUCAACAGCUUGCGGUCCAACAGAAGCAGCUAUGGCAACAGCAUCACCCUCAGAGCAUCACCAACUUGAGCAACGCGUAAAGAACAGACAGGUUUCAACAUGGAUGUAUCUGAAAUGCUGUUGAAGCAUAUCAUUUGCAUAAAAAUCAGGGACAGUUUCCAAAGAAUUAUAUAUUUUUUUCAGUUGUGCUCUCUCUAGUUAGUUUUUUUGGGAGUAAGGACAAACCUGGAAUAGAUAGCAAAACUGAAAAUCAGCAGUGCUGAUGGUGGUACAUAUGUCUUUCCUUUUGCUUCUCCCCUGGUACUUCCCAUCUGCUUUUACUUUGGGUAAGCAGAGGGGGAUGUGUGCGUGCGUGUGUGUCAGUCUGUUUGUGAGUGUGUUAAAGGCUACAGACCACAGUUGGUUUAAAAUGCUUGGAACUUCCCAAACUGGCUUUACUUUUAUGUUUAUACAGUGCUCAGGGUUAAUGCAGUACAUCCAUGCCAUUGCUGUGGGAGGUAUCCCCGGAUGCAUGUGUUUUGAGUCUAUAAAUAUAGAAAAUAUAUAUUGGUUUCUUUUUCCAACUUAAUAGGUUUAUUAAAGCAUGAGACGAAAAGUUACAUACCAUGCAUUCAGGUUAUUUUCUAAUUUUUUUUCUGACAGUGCAUGUCUUUGAAAGCAUGCGUAAACAAGAUUAACACAGAAGUCGAGUAACAGAGAGAAACAUUUGUUAGAUGUACAGCAUUGGUUAUUGCAUUUUUAUAGUGUUUAUACCUGGGUAUUGCUUCUAACCCUGCAGACCCCUCCUGCCCCUUUUCCUCCCUGCCCUGUGUUUCUGGUCAAGGUAAUGAGUACAUACAUUUUUCUGUGAUAAAACUCUUAAAAUUUAAUUUUAAUGUAUUAAUAGUAUUCCUAAUGUGUGCUGCAGAAAUAGCUAUAAGCCUCUUAAAUUUACAUUUUCAACUUAAAGGUAGUUUUAGAAGGAAGUACAAAUUGGCUUUCAUCCUGCAAACAAUUGUUUUUUACUUCAUUAUCUUAAUUUGCUUUGUCACUCUAUAAAGGAAACAGUACUUGAGCUGUAGACAAUGAGGAAACAUUUGAGGCUUCUGCUGUAUGUUUUUUGUUACUGUUGUUAUUGUUGUUACUCAGUAACUUGAAUAUUGUUUAAUGUGUUGUAAGACAUUGUAGAGUUUAUCUCAAGCUGUUAAAAAUGGUAAUGUACAAAUGUGAAUAGACACUUAUCUAUAUAAUAUGGGUAAGUUUUGUUUCGCCUAUAAUAGAUGUUUAUAAAAACAAGUGAGGGGACAGUUGGUCUUUUUAUUUCCUUUUCCUUCUUUCUUUUGCUUGCACAGGUUGCACUAUUGAAAAAUCGAGAUUGUAUAAACCUGGUAAAAAAGCUGCAAGAUGCCAAAAUCUUGUAGAUGUCAAAUAAAAAGUUAUUAUACUAACAAGAAGUGGACUCUUGUUUAGGCCCUCACUGGUGACCUUCAAAAGUAGUCUGUGACGGGGACUCUGCAGAACUUGUGUGUUGCCUCAGCAUUCCAGUUAGCCUUAGAGUUUGGCUUAAAACCUAUUGCUAAAAUUUGAGAUGGCAUUGAGGGAAGGGGUAAAAUGAUAGUACUUCCGAAUGUUUUUCAAGUUGAAUUGUUCGCUUUGUUAACUUUUUAAACUUCUUGCAGAAUUGGGUGAGACGUGUGUUAGCUGACAGAAACCUGGCAGAAAGCUUAGGAUGUUCAUCCUCUGUGUCUCUAGCCUGAGUUUGGUUAUGUCAAGCUUACCCUAAGUUUUCUUAGGAUUUAUUUAUUCUUGGUGCCUAAAAGAGUAAGUUGAAAGUACUUUCUGUUCUUCGGCACAUUUUGCCCAGUGGAUGCAACUUCUCUCCUCAGUCCAGUUCAUAUAUCUCAGGCAGUGAUCCAUUUUCUGUCUCUUGUUAGGACCACUAGACCUGGCAGGCAGCCAAGAGCAGCACUGUCCCCACCUUCAGCAGAACUUCUCAGCUCAUGUGUGUUUUUAAAGCAGUAGUCAGCUUCCAUCAGCAAUGCAAGUGUCCCCACUCCAGUGGAGGUACAGUCACUGGACCUGAGGAAGGGAAGAAGUACAGAUCCUCCUCCAGUGAGACACAGUGACAGGAUUGGGAAGGAUCUUCUCUUGCAGGCUGUUGGCCCAACUCUUCUUUCUGUGUUACGAGGGCAUCUUAAUUUUUUAUGGUGUUUUCAAAGCAACAUAUGCGGAUUCCUUAGCAUGCAGCUAAUUGACACCCGCCAUGGCUCAUAAUGUAAUAACGUUUGCUCUGGACUAGCCAUCUUUAUACACAGGAGCAUAGGUAUCUUAAUGUUCUUGUAGAACAGCUUACUCCCCCCCCCGCCCCGCCCAAAUUAAAACAGAAAGGCCUGUGAAAGCCCUCUCAAAGCAGACCUCAAAAAGGCAACCCAUGUGAAUGGAUGGGAGCCGGGGUGCUGCAUGCCCAGGCUGAUCAUGGUGUGUGCCCUUCCCAGAGUUGCACCCGCCCCUUCAGGUGGACAUCCAACCUUUACACUGUGCUCUUACAAAAGUCAGCGAGUUCGGGUCCACCACCCUAUGAAGCUUCAGUAUUCAAGGUCCUCUUCUAUUAAAACCCAACUCUUGGCUGGGUGUGGUGGCUCACACUUGUAGUCCUAGCACUUUGGGAGGCUGAGACAGGCAGAUCACUUGAGGCCAGGAGUUCGAGACCAGCCUGGCCAACAUGGUGAGACCCCAUUUCUACCAAAAAAAUUAGCCACUGACUUCUGUAAAAUACGUCCAUUUAUUCCAGGCUCUAAAUGCCACACCUGAAUCCAGAGGCCUUGUUUACCCUCAUGUCCAUUUUGCCUCUGCAAUGCCUUUUUCUUCUUUUUAGCAAUAUGGCUCUGAGCACAAAGAUUGGAUUGGAAAUUGUGUUGGUGUUUUCAGAGUUUACAGUGUCAGUUGUGCUGAAAACCACUUCCAGAGUCUAAAGCAGCUCAGAUGUUAUUUUUGGGGGAAUUAGUGUUCCCCUAAUUUAGCAGCCUCUGCACCUCAAGGUGUCUCUCUGUAGUUACUGAGAUUAUCCAGAUAUACUAUCAAUGAUACAAAUCCAUAGAGGUAUUACGCAUUUCUUUAAACACAACUUGAUUAAGAAGCAGAUCUGUUAAGCAGUUUUCUUAUUCUGCUAAAUUGCAGUUAGACACUUCAGUAUCUUCUCUUUACAUGUGUAUAUAAAUUAGCAGGAACCUGCAUCCAAAGCAAUGUAGUAGUGUGUGUGUAUCUAUGUAUAUUUAUUCUAACUCAGCACUUCAGAAGCCUUUUUGAGUUACAACAAUAAAUCUUUUAGUUUGCUUCAUCUAUAGAGGUAAAAGUUCUAUAUUACCAAGCUCCACAGGAAUAUAGUAUUUUAGAGGCACAAUUUUCUGGCUGUAACCCCUGGGGCAUUCCUUUGCUGGCCUGCAUGGGAUGCUAUUAGAACAACUCUUUGCAGGCAAGAGAAGAAAGGGUACCAGGACAGCGUUCACAGUUGUAGAAUGGGAGCUUUCUUCCUUCUCCCCUCCACUUUCAUUUUAGCAUGAAAGAAAGAAAAAAAAACAAUAGAUUCGAAAUGAUUGUUGCAUCUCAAUUCAUGAAAGUAGGGGCAGAAGUUCCUUCUGGAUCCUUUCCUUGACAAGCAGUCAAGAGGAAGGUCCUCAUACACACGUACCUGCGUGGUAUUUGGUAGUUUCUAAGAUUGGUGCUACAUAAGUGUUGCUGUUUGGCCGGGAUCCUGUUAAUGAACGUUUGGUUAGUUCAGGCCUCCCAGUGGCAAAGGCAGACACCGUGGUGAUGGACAUGUACUGACUCCCCUUCUUUGUGACUUCGGUGGCCCUGGCUAUCACCACCCCCAGGCUUACUGCGCUCAGCCCACUUUGCUGCAGAAAUGUAGCAAGGCUUCCAUGUCAGGGCUACAGCUGAGAGUAAAAACUGUGCAAAUAAAGGUCUCAUUGGAUGCCAAUUGUCUGAUACAAAUGCAAUGUCUUUUAAGUGACAGAAACACACCUAAAUACCUGCAACUCAAGCUCUCUGGCUUUUUUUUUCUUUUUUUUUUCUUUUCUUUUUUUUUUUUUUUUGUGAGUACUUGAGACAGAAUCCAAAACCCACCCUCUAAUUUUAUGAUGUAAUUAUAUAUAUGUACAUAAAUGUAUAUAUAUAGAAAUGUCAAGUUCUUCUGAAUUCUGAAUGUAAAUAAUUCUUGUAAAUUGGGACUCCGCCUACCUGUUUCUCCCUUUUCCCUCUUUCCUUCAGCUCUAUUUAUUCUUUUCUUGACUUUCCCAUAUGGGGCAUCUUAGGACUUUUUUUCAUUUAGAAAAGUAUGGGAAACUUUUCAUUUAGAAAAGUAUUUGCUUCUGUAUUUUAGAAUUCAGUUUUGCAUCUUUGCUGUAGAAUUCCUGUCUGUUUCGUGUUCAUGUUUUUUAAUAUGUCUGAUUGUGUUUUACAUUUUGAUUACUAUUUUUAUUGUGUGCAAUGCAUCGUAAUGGGGGUGUGCACUUGAGUGCUGUUUCUGAUACUGUCAUUGUAUGACUAGUCUUGCUCAUUUACGUUGUUCUUUGGAAGCUGUAGUGAGCCUGAUGUUUUCACAUUUUGAAAAAUGCUUCCUGAGUAAGCUCCUCUAACUUCUUCAGUGCAUUUGGGAUCAAACUUAGCUCUUAGAUCGGCAAGCCUGACUUGCUUCUACUUUUGCAAUUUUUCUGGCCUGUACCAUAUUUCUUAUCUUUGGCUUCCCACCUGAUAGGAAAAUCUUGCAGAUUUGAAACAGUGGUUUCUGGCCUGCUGUUGCUGCUGCAAAUUCCCUAUGUUUAUUUAAGAAGUUGGACCUAUACUUUUAACCUAUAAAUAAUGAGUAAUUUACUUUGAAAUGAACACAGGUAGUCUGCUGCUGUUACAACCUGUUGAGGAUAUUUAUAGCAGGCAGGAGGCAGGCCUAGUGCGUUAUUGGCAGGUGACUUUAGAGAAUGUACAUUAAGGAACAGUUGUCCUCCAAAAGAGAACCAGGCAACUGCUGCGGAGCCUCCUAGACUGACUCUGUUGGAGGGUUAGACAGGUGUGUGCCCACUGCCGUGCUGGCCCAUGGGGUCCCUGAGCAGCUGUGCUCUCCACUCUUGUAUUGGUGAGUGGAUCUUGACUACAUCAGUCAGAAGCCUAGAAGCGGAGCUAGAUGGAGGCAUUUUUAAUCAUUUGAGUUGGGAAGACCCGGAUGGCUUAUGAAAAUGGUGUUGUUCAGCACCUGGGAGGCAGACAUUGGAUAGUUGUUCACAGUUUUGCACCCUGCAAGAAAAUACUCCUCUGUAACUUUUGGGGAGGAUUGCUAUGAGCCUCUCUGGGGCCUUUCAUUCAUGUACAAGUUUCAUUCAUUACUAUUCAACUUGGUAGACUUGGUGAAAAUGUAAAAGCAUUCUGCAUUUGGAUCAGUCUUGGGAACUAAAUUUGUUGUGAAUUUGGGCCUGUCACAGAUUGCCUCCAGUGUGAAUCCCCCACUCAGACCCUCUUUGCUCAGCCUCCCUCCGCAGCCCAUGGGGAAGCUGUGCUGUGGUUGGCAGUGGGGCCAUCUGGGCUGCAGCAAUGUGGCAGGGCACAGUCCACCAAGACUGCCCCUCAGUGCAGGGUUGAGCAAGGGAAGAGGCAGGAAAAUUUGGUUCUUUUUCAUACUUAAAAUUUAGGCAUUCUCCAGAGUGAAGGCUACUCCGCAGGCCCCUGGUGAGAGCCUGCCUGGCUUUUCCGUUGCAGGCCCCUAACCAGUACCCUGCCCUUUUGGCCCAUUUGUGCCUGGGCAGAUGUUUCUGGCCAGUAGACACUGAAGGCCUUUUAGCUAUGAUAGUAUUUAUGGCACUGAAGAAGAUAAAGAAGCUUGAGCCCUCUUUCUGACUCCCGCUUUAUGGGACAGAGAGCUUUUUUUCUACAUAACACAUUGCAGUCUUACCGCUCUCAGAAAAAUAUCCUGUUCAUGGUUUAUAUACUGAUACUUGCAAACUACUGAUAGGAUUUUUCAAUAACCACUUGUAUCUUCCAUCAUCCAUGAGAGGUGGGAAGAGGUACGCUGUAUCUCUGCAAUAAAACUUUGACCAGGUUCUACCUCCUCUGAGCAAAGGAUACUUUUCUAUGUAGGCGUACAUUGUUCUCCUCUCCUGAUCUGACAUGGUGCACCUGGAGACAGCAUCCGAUGGAAUCCAAAGACAACUUGAAACAAAGGUGGAUGUCAGCUCUUGGUUUGUUUUCAUUUCGUUCUCUUUUUUCAAAAUCUCCCUUUCGCUCUCGCUCCUGUUGUGGAGUAUCUGUCAGCGUGUGAAGGGUACACCCUGUUCCAGUGAUACUGCACUGCUGCAUCCAGCUUUUCGUGGGAACACAGUACGAAGCAUCUGGAAUUGAUUAUCCCAAACAUUUUUGAUAUGUAACUUAAAAAAAUUUGGUCUCAUGCAAUAAAAAUGUACUGGCUGCAUUUUAGCAAGGUUUACUCUUACAAGUGAAAAUGAUCAACCGUGAAGCGUAACAAAUUCUGUAUUUAGUUUUUUUUGUUGUUGUGGUUUUUGUUUUGUUUUUGUUUUUGUAAGAUUCUUAAAUAAAUUAAAUAAGAGUCA